GGCGAGAGGGCGGAGCUAUGGGCGUCGAGAACUAUCAUGUGAUCGAGCUCGUCGGCGAGGGAUCGUUCGGGAAGGUCUACAAGGGAAGGCGCAAGUUCACUGGCCAGACUGUCGCCAUGAAAUUUAUUCUCAAGCACGGCAAGAGCGACAAGGACAUCGAGAAUUUGCGGCAAGAGAUUGAGAUUUUGCGGCAACUAAAGCACGAGAACAUUAUAGAAAUGCUGGAUGCAUUUGAAAGCCCACAGGAGUUUUGUGUCGUGACAGAAUUUGCACAGGGAGAAUUGUUUGAGAUUCUUGAAGACGACAAGUGCCUCCCCGAAGCUCAAGUCCAGGCGAUAGCAAAGCAACUGGUUCGAGCACUACACUACCUUCAUUCUCAUCGCAUUAUCCACCGGGAUAUGAAGCCACAAAACAUACUGAUCGGUGCCGGUGGCAUCGUAAAGCUCUGCGAUUUUGGAUUUGCGAGGGCAAUGUCUUGCAACACAAUGGUUCUUCGCUCGAUCAAAGGAACGCCACUGUACAUGGCUCCCGAGCUUGUUCGUGAGCAGCCUUACAACCACACGGCAGAUUUAUGGUCUCUUGGUGUGAUAUUGUAUGAACUCUAUGUUGGCCAGCCUCCUUUCUAUACUAACUCCGUAUACACGCUUAUUCGCCAUAUAGUAAAGGAUCCAGUCAAAUAUCCUGAUACUAUUAGCUCGAACUUUAAGAGUUUCUUGAAAGGGCUCCUUAACAAGGUUUCUGAAAGUAGACUGACAUGGCCAGCUUUGUUGGAUCACCCUUUUGUUCGGGAGACAUCUGAUGAAAUAGCAGCACGAGAAGCAAGAGCUGCGACUGCAUUCGAAAGAGGGUGUGACGCUGCCUGGAAAGGCGAGGCUAAUAUUGUGCUAGCUUCACCUGCUAAUGUACUCGAUCGUGCACCCCUGGGAACACCAGACAAGGUGGAGCCAGCUCCUACCGAAAGACCAGAAUCAGUGCCGUGUCCAUCUGAUGACAAUAUUAGUCAGGCGUGCACAGCUCCUCUCGAUAAUGCUGAAGUUUCCGUGCUUGAUAAGCUAGAAGCUUCUUCUCGCACUGCCAAAGGUGCGAAUGCUAUUUGCCAGGACCGAGGUGCUUUCGCUCACGUUUUACAUCCUUUUCGAAAUUUUAAUAGUAAAGGAACUGCAGCGAGUGACCAAGCCAGUGCGGGGGCUAAUCAAGCAUUGCGUGUCUUGUGGAAUUUACUCGGCGCAGGAGCCGUAUCACAAAGAGCAGCCGUAGAAGACGCCAUACCGGCGAUCCUUGGUCUUUCUAGAGCUACUUUGGGAUCGAAUAUUUCAGACCAUGCAGCCUUGCUUACAAAGGGGCUGGGCGUUUUAGGCAAGCUUAUGGAAAUUGGUGCCAAUAAAAUGGAAAGUUCUUACCUACACCACAGUGUUGCACUCUUGCGACUUUAUCCUCAAGCUGUUUCAUAUCAACAUGACUCGUCCGGACGUGUACUCUUCGAGUCGACUGCGUGUGUCGCUCAACUCCUUAUGCGAAUUACAUCGGGCCUUUCCAAAUUCUUUGGUUCUGCACAAGACGUCAAAGGAGACGUUCAAAUCAUGACGCAGAUUGUGGGACAGGCUCGAUCCCUUUCCAUCGCCGAUCAUCUUUGCUCUUGCCUCAAUGUCACGGGGUCGAACCUUAUGUCUAGUUUAUGGACGUCUUCACCUGCUGCCGGAGAAGCAUGCAAGGCAAUGUGGGCCUUGACUCUCGGCCUAAAUCUUUUGACUGGUAAAGAAACUCACCCCCAAGGUUUUCCACUUGCAGUUCUGAGAGGCUGGACAGAAGCCAAGAACGACAGUAAUAAGUUGUCCGAUGGCGUCAUGGAAGUGGUGACCGACAGCAUCUGUAAACUUAAAGGUGUUCAGGCUGGCCUCUGUCAUUCGCUCCUUCAUGGCUCAGAGUCCACGUUGUCUUCUACACUCCAGAUUCUCUUAAGGUGCUGCAUAAUUUCGCCAAUUGUCUGUGAAGUUCUUGCUGGUAUCUCAGCUAAAGAUCGCGCUUCGAAUCAAGCUCCAGGUGGUGGUGACGGCACUGUGGUCGCUGCCAUAUUCAGGAUGGUAUCUGUGCAUUUGGCGAGUAGUCAGGAAGGUGGCAACAAAGGUUCUGGUAUUGACGGUCUUCUCUCGUAUGCUUCUUUCACACUUGCGGCUAUUGCUCAAGGAUUGGCAGCACAAGGAAGACUGAGCUUGUCAUCGAUGCUUACAACGUCAGUUCCUAAACAGCGGGCAAGACUGGGAGCGCUGACACAGCUGGCUUCAUUAGAGCAGGGUGCAGCAGCUCUACGGCAACCUCGCUCAGCUGCUGCAUUUUUGGCACUGGCAGCGAUCCUUAUGCUGGAACAAAACGCGGAUAAUUCCUCCGUGACCUCGGAUGCAACGUUAUCGCUCGUUUCCUUGAAGGAAAUUAGCUGCCAUGGUUUGGAAAGCUCUCCGUGCACCAUGGGCCUUCUAAGCCAUGUUGACGACAGGGGAGUAUGGAAAAAGAACGGUGGUAUGCUAACCAGUUGGCAUGGAAUGAGGGACGGGUACGUGGGAGUUUUACUUUCAAGGCUUAGUUGUGGGGGAACCUUCGGUUCCGAGCAGGCUUGCACGGCAGGACUUCACCUGAUUCUUAUAUCUCUAUUAGGAAGCUCUCCAAAGACAACGAAUGACUGCUCGGAAAGUGAAGCCUUCGAAGGUGGCGCAGGAUUAUCUCCCUCUGGGGUCUUAUAUUCAAUUUCAGCUCUCGCUCUCUGUUUACCUGGAGGUGCAUAUCGUGAUAUAUUACUUCGAAAGGAGUCGCUUCUCACGUUACUGAGCUUGCUUUCGAAGCGGCACUUAAUGCAGCUGCAAGUUUGGGAAGGAUACAAUGGGGGCAGUACCGGUCUUACGGAAGUUGUACACAGGGUCUUAGAUAUCCUGGAGUUCUCAUUUUCAUCACAGAGCAGUCAUGGAUCGCCACGCAGUUCUACAACUUCCUCCUCUGCGGUGGCAAAUUCCCCUAGCAAAGCCAACGAAACCGAUCUUGGCAAACUUAUUAGCGCCAACAUGUCUUUGUACUGGCAACUUCUGCACGAGUGUCGCGCCGCAUCACCUUUGGUGAGAUGCCUGGAGUUUCUUAGCAUGAACGACAUGAUAAGACCUGUUGCAUUUGUGUCCAGAAUGGUUCAAAGCUCCAGGCUUCUAGCCAUUGACAUUGUGAAAGAAGGUUUACUUUCUCCACUUUUGAUGGCGAAGAUGCUAGAUCCUUCAAGUCCGAAGGACGUUGUCCUCGACGUCUUGAUGACAGUUUCAAAUCUUGCGCGAAUGUCUAAGGACUUCUACGAGCCGAUUGGAGAGGCUUGCAUUUGGGACUCUUUUAAGACUUAUCUGGUUCAUGGGGAUUCAAACGUUCGUGCCAGGUGUUGCAGUGCUCUGGGCAACAUGUGCAGGCAUACACCUUAUUUCUACGAGGCUUUGGUCUCAUACGACCUUAUCAAGCUGUUAAUAGACAGGUGCGCAGACCCCGAUCGCCAUACAAGAAAGUUUGCAUGCUUUGCAGUUGGGAAUGCCGCUUACCACAAUGAUCAACUGUAUGAGCAACUACGACGCGCAAUCCCGCAUCUCACUAAUCUUCUACUAGGAAACGAGGAAGACAAAACCAAAGCCAAUGCCGCAGGCGCUCUCAGCAACCUAGUCCGUAAUUCGAGCAAGCUUUGUGAGGAUAUUAUUUCUCAAGGCGCAAUGAAGGCUCUGAUUCAAGUAAUAGCUGAUUGCUCGUCCGUAGCUCUGUCAUCGGGAACGAAAGAAAUCAAUGCCGAGUCUCCACUGAAGAUUGCCUUAUUCUCAGUGGGGAAUAUGUGCAUACAUGCUCCGUGCAGGCAAUAUCUUCGGUCUUUAGAACUUUUCCGCGUCCUUCUGCAACUCAAGAACUCUACAGAUUCCACCAUCAUUAAGUACCUCAACAGAAUUAUGUGCAAAUUUCCAGACAUCUCUGCGCAGCAGACUCGAUCUUAAGACUUUCUUUGAUCUAUAUGAGAGGUCUGGGAAUGCUUACUGUACUGAAAGCUGCUCUUAGUUCAGAUAUCAGAUAUUCGGGUGAUAUCAGUAUUUUUGACAACAUAUCUAUAUAUAUGGUUUUCCCGAUGCAAAAGAUGCGUCCCAAUUAUUUUCGAAGUGAAGCAAUGUCGGUCGUUCAAUUGAAAGACCAAAGCUUUUACCUUUUCCCUUUGGUAUAGCGAUUUUUCUGUUUUUUCUGCGGCGAAGAAAGAAACUAUACUUAUCUACG